AAUCGACCCUCCUUCAUUUCUGGAUCCAAGUGUUCCUCUUUCGUGCAACACAAUCAAAAUUUGAAAUGCUCAAUAAAAUUUUCAUCCAAAAUUUGAGACUGCGGAGACAUGGCAUUGUUGGCGGUAGAGCUCAUCUGAGAUCGUUAAGUGAAGAAAACAAUGAUCUGGGUGGUGACCAAGGUGAGGUUUUAGGUCUGAAUUUGAAGUCUCUGAAGAUUUUGUUGAAGCAAGGAGUCUUUAUUUGGGCAAUGCUUUGUUGUCUUCUGUUUUUUGCGUGCAAGAGAGUGCUUGCGGCGGAGGGAUUGGUGAAUGUAGAGUACGGAGUGAUUAAGGUUUCUUUGAUUCUUAAGAUUUUCAAAGAGCAAGGUGUGAUUCGGAUUGCACUUUUAGGUCUAUCUGCAUUCUUCUCAAUGGCAGAGACUUCUAUAACUACACUGUGGCCAUGAAAGAUUUGCUUUCUUUGUUUGAAGAUUGAUGGUUCUUAUAAUUAGUGAAUAGAAAUUGAAAUCUGAAUUUUAGUACGGAAACACCAAAAAAGUUAAAUAUAUGAAGUUGAAGAGCAUUCACAGUUAUUGAUGGUGAAUGUUUCAGUAACUUUUAUGGUUUAGGUAAAUAUAUGAAGUUUGUGGUUGUUGUGCAAUGGCAUUUGCUGACUUAAAUAUUGGGUUAAGUUUAGCAAAGAUUAAUCUGAUUUACUAUUUCAAAUCUUGAUUGUGAAGUUCAUGCAGCAGUAUUACUGUUGUCUUGUUUGGUUUGGAGGAUGAUGCUAGUUUCUUAUAUGAUCAUGUGGUUCAUAUCAACUCAUGGAAGAACAAGAUUUUUUUUUUUUUUUUAAUGUCACCAAGCCAUCGGGAAACUAUGGUCUUAUUGGUGAUUUGAUGCUAAUUUGUGUUAGGUUCUGGUUGAAAAACAGUCUGAAGAUGGUGUAUUUUGAAUGCUUCACAGUGAUGUAACAUAGUUUUUUACCACCAUGCUUAUUGGCACUACGUACUAGUCUUUCCCAUCAUCACUUAACUGAUCCAGUUCUGUGUGUCUAUGUUUGACUUUCGUGUGUGAUUUAUUUUUAGAUGCCAUUUUUGUCACUAGGGUGGUCAAUAUUGGAACAAUUGCUUUAGUUACAGACACAGCAACGACAAUAUUCGGAGAAGCUGGUGUUAGUGAAACAACUGGAAUAGUGACUGUAUGUAUAUAAGAAUUCUAUCCUCUUUAUGUGCCCCACAUACCCAACCUCCUUGCCUGCCUCUAUUCGUGCUUGUAUGUAGCUCAUUGUGAAUUUGUAGUAAAUUAGAGUAAAAGGCUUAAAUUUGUUUCAGGAUAAAUCUCUUUAAGUUAGCUCUUGAGUUGUAGAGUUCGCUGUUACAAAGUUUUGUACUUCCUUUGUAAACAAUAAAAUAAGAAUGAAUAAGAAAUCAUGUUGGAUAACUCUAAUAAACUGCAGAAUAAUCA